GUAUCGAAUGGCCGUCAUAUCCAGUACACUCAUUUUGUAUUAUAUAAAAAUCUAAAAAAUAUUAAUAAUCAUCGUAAACAAAUUAAAUUUGAAAACAUGCUUGCCAUAUAUAAAUUGAUAUUACAUGCACUAAUAAAGGUUCUUGUUAUACAUAAUCAUAUACAUGUAUGCUGGAGUGGUUGUCAUUCAUUAAAGCUAAAUGUGAGGUCAUAAUUAUACUUUGUAUAUUUAGUGGCUGAUGAUUCCGAAGAGAAUGAAGGUAUGGAUUCAACAAGCACUUCUAGCGGCAGUUCAGCAUUUUCUGAAUCAGAUUCCAGUGUGCACAUGAUUGAAUCAAGUGUUGAAAAUUCAAACUGCAAAGAAGACUUUCUCCAGAACUGCCCAAAGUAUGACCAGAAAGAAAGGGGAUUAACUGUUAGUGAAAUUGUAGAAAUAAUCGCAUUUAAAGACCUUUCUGCUUCACAACUUUGUAAACAUGUACCUGAUCCAUCAUCAGAUUCUUUGUGUGUUGUUGAUCUAAAUUCAGUGAGUGAGAAAGAUCUUUCGUGUGAUGAUAGUGGCAGUUACAACAGUCAUUCGAGUCCAACUGUUGUUGUCAAAGUAUCAUCUCAAAAUAAAAAAGUGACAAACAUUAAAACAUUGUCAAGGCGAAGACUAAAUAUAGAGGACCCAAUUCUAAAAGAUGAAAAUGUAUACACUGUAAAACGGUUGUACAGUGAACGAAAAGGAAGACUUGGGCUAGACAAAUACACUAGAAUUAUCAGUAAGGUGUAUUCUUGUCAUGGUAUAGAGAAAUAUUCUAUUAUUCAGUAUUUGGGAGCAUGUAUGCAUUCUGGUCAAGCGCACAAGAACUCGAAAGACAAGAAUAAGCUAUAUGUAAGAACGAAGCCAUCUGUUAUCGAAAGGGAAAAAAGCCUUUUACAUAACCAACCACCAAAGAAGGUCAUUGAUUUGAUAGAUGAAGAAAAUGGAGGGCUUUUGAGUGUACAUUCAUCUAGCGAUGGACCUCGUGAUAGACAACAGCUUUACAACAUCAAACAUAAACAAAGUAACAAAAACAGAUCAAGAAAUACCGGACCUGUAACAACACCUGAUUUUACUCAAUUAAUUGCAGAAAUGGACAAUGGAAAAUUUAUCAAGAAUAUUGACUUUUCAUUUAGAUCUAAACAAGGAAGAAUUCAUCCAAACACAUUUGCCAUGACUGAAAAUUGUGUAACCUGGAUUAAAAUGUUUUGCAGCCCAUUCAGUUCUGUAAAAUCUCAGCUUGGUAUAGACAUGACAUAUAAAGUUGGCCCUUUUUACACCACCUGUUUAAGUUUUCCUCACCCACAUUUUGUUCAUAAAGAUAACAAUCAAUGUCACCCAACCAUAUUUGCAGGAAUGAUGACAAGCACUGGUCGACAAGAACAUGACUACAGAUACUUGGCACAUCAACUUAAAUUAUGUGGAAUAACAAAUCUGAUUUAUGGAACUGAUGGGGAAAUAGCACUUGAAAUGGGGUUUGAAAGAAUAUUCCCAAUAGAAAGUAAAGAUCAGAAUCAGAAAAAUAUAAAGCUGAGAUGUUUUAACCAUAUGAAGGAUGAUAUACUGAAGAAUUUAAAAAAAUACAAUAUCACGAAGGAAGCAACCAAUGAAAUAAUAAAAGAUAUACUGGGUUUUGAAAUAAACGAAGUUAGAGUAGCAGGUCUGGUAGACGAAGAUCAGGAAUGCUUUGACAAUAGGUAUAAUAAUGUAUCUUCAACAUGGCCACCACAGUUUAAGGAUUAUAUUGAGUCUGACAAAUUGAAAGUUCGUUCUUUAAAAAGCACCUUCUUGAAGAGUAUGGGUAAAGAGGUGAGAACAGAUGCUGGGCUGGGAAAUCCUCCAAAUAAAUUCGAUAACCAGAGGGCAGAAUCAAUAAAUAACGUGCUUAAAGAAGCAACUGGAGGUCAAUAUGUAGCGCAGUCUGCAGUGCAUGACAUCAUUUACACACAUGUAGUUCAAAGUCAACAAAAUGAACUUAUCAAGGCUAUAUAUGGUUGUGGGGAAUACAGGCUGUCUAAAGAUUAUGAACACUUUGAAAUUAGUCCACAAAAAUGGAAAUCCAUGACCAACUUCCAAAGAAUAAAUUACACAAACAAGGUUUUGCAAUGUAAAAUACCAGAAGAGAACAAGCAAAAGGUUAUCACCCGCAAGUUAUCUAUACAACCUCAGGACUGUACCGAAAACCUAUAUUCUCUGCCUCCUACAAUUGUCGAGCAGCUUUGGAAAAAUGCAGAAAUGGUGUUGUCAAACGACUAUGUAAGGGAAUUAGAGAAUGGAAGCUUUUGUAUUGCAGAGGAUGACAAUGCUUAUAUCAUCAAACAAAACAAGAAUACAUUUGUUUGCAACUGUGCAGAUUUCCAAAAAUUAAGUCUUUGUCCACAUGCUUUGGUUAUUGCAGAUGAAAAAAGCUGUCUGGUUUCUUUUAUUUCUAGCUUCAAGUAUAAUCCAUCAGCCGUUAUAAACAAACACAAUGUGCAUGGUGCAGGUGAACGCAAGACCAAAAAGCCAAGAAAAGGUGGUCAGAAUGUAAAAAAAACCUAUAGAAAGGUUAAUAAAGGCUGCUAAACCGGAUGUGGAUUAUUAUGCAAUAAACCUACAAGAAAGAAGACCCUUCCAAUUUUCUGAAGUAUGGCACAAUGAUUUCCCGUUCUAUUUCAUUUAUGUAAACAGUGAAUCACUUCGCACAAGAAAAGUAUUGAAAUGUGUAUCAUGUGACAACAUCAUUGGUAGGGUCAAUGCAGUACCACCUUAUGAUAUAGUACUAUCACACCUGGAGAGAUACAUGUAUCCUCAUCGAAAAGACGACGGGAAGGUUGAGAUGAGACCAACAGUUUCGAAAACCGCCUUAAAGUUAUAUUGUGUGAAGAGGUCUUGUGUCUUAAGGAGGCAUCCAUACUUCUGGUGUGGUAUGCUAAACACAGAAAAUAUCACUCCUUCAGACUUGCACAAGAAGCUGUUAAGAGAGGAGUUUGGGUUUCUGUUUAAUAGACAGGCCUAGCUGUUGCUUAAUUGUUUAUUAAUCACCGUUCCAGUAUCUGAGAUACAUUUAUUUAUGAAGUCUUAUCUGAAUCCUUAUUGUUAUAUCAAAUGAUUGUUCAAUGAACAGUUUUCUCCUAGAUGUGUUUCUAGUCUUACUAGGACCAGAAAGGGCAACAGCAGCCUCAACAUUGUGAUCAUCAUAAAUUGACUGAUUAAUUAUGAAUUGACAUGUAAUUUUAUGGAUUUUAUAUGUUUUAUUUUAAUGUAAAGUAUAUGCUAGAAUAGUUGCUUGUUGCCUGAAUUUUAACAGUUUUUAGAAUAUCAGACUGGUCCAAGUUUUUCUUUAUAGAUAUACGAGGGUUGAACGCAAUACUGUAGUAACUCACAUUUUGACCGAAAUUGACUUUUUGUCAUUUUUCAUUGUAUUUCAUGGUAAUACUGUACAUAAGCUGUAAAAAUGUAAAGCUCACAUUCUAUUUUUUUUUGUUAUUUUUUCAAAAUUGCAAUAUAGUAGUAACUCACUAAGAUAAAAUGAUUUACCGCAAUACAGUAGUAUGUCUACAUACUACAGUAUUGUGGGAAAUUUAUUUCCUCUAUCAGUGUCUUUUUCACUGCAACACUGUAGUAAGUUUCUUAACUUUAUUAUUACAGACAAAUUAUUGUUUUAUUUUCCUUGCUGUAGGUACUAUAAUGCAAUAGUAGAUAUUUUUUAAUUAAGGGGUCAGCUUUUUCAACUUCUGAGUGAAGGUAUUAAUUAACCCCAAAACAAGAAUUGCUUUUGCCUUCUGUGACAAUCAGAAUUGACUUUUCUUCAAACUUUUGGAGUAAACAAGAUAUUUUUUUUUCAAAAUAUCAUUCAGUAAUACUUUAAUGUUAUACAAAAUUAACAAUUGUUACAAAGAGAUACAUGAAAAAGCAGAAAUUAAGAGUAUUUGCCAGUGUACGCACAAAAUAGUGAAAUGCAAGCAUUUUUGAUUAGAUUUUAAAUUUUUGUGAAGUGCAAAUACGUAUAUAAUUAUGCUGUCAGAAUUUGUCUAAUAUCUCCGCAGAAAAAAAGAAACUUGAGGCAAUUAUGUAUAAAUGAUAUAAUUGAUACUUAAAAGCUUUAUUUCUUUUUCAGUGCUAUGAAAUAUAUUUAGGCUUAGUAAAUGGAUGCUUGCAUUCUUUUAGGAUAAAUUGUGUGUUGGGUACACCCCUGAGUCAGAAAGUAAAUAGACACAAAUGUUAUAGGUAAAUCAGGAUGAACAAG